AUGUAUCUUCACGAAAUUUAAGAUAAUUAUAAUUUGUUUUAGAAUUUAGAAUAGAUAAAAUAUUUGUAAUCGAAGAAUUAUUGCAGGUAAAUAUUAAUAAAUUUCAAAAUUAGCUAAUGUGAAGUUUUUGAACUUGGAGAAUACUAAAAUAAUUAAAAAUUUGGAUUAUGGAAAUUUAUUAAUCACAAUAAGAAAAUGUACCAUUUUUGAAUAAGUUAAGUAGUGGUUGUGGUUUAUACAAUCAGAAGGCUUAGAAAAAAAGGAAAAUGGAUAGAAUUAAGUAAGGUUUUUCUUGAUGAAGCAUUAGUGACUUUUAGUGGUGAAUAUAGAAAUGGAAAAAAAGUUGGAACAUGGAUAUAUUAUGGGAUGACACAGGAUGGAAUAAUAAUAGGAUGUAGAUAUAUUAAAUUAUAUUAAGUGACUAUUAUAAUCAUAAAAUUGUGUGUUAAAUGGUGGUGGAUCAUAUGAUGAAAGAGGUAAUGGCAUUAAAUAGGGUAAUUGGGUGGAAAUCUAGGAUGGAUUUUAGAAGUUUUCUUAAAUAAAGUAUUAUGAGGUAUAUAAAAUGGUAGAAAGAUUGAUCGAUGGGAUAUUUGUUAUUAUUAGUAGUUUAGAGAUAAUUAAAAAAUAUAAAUAUCUUUUAAGAAUUUUCUACAAUUUUAGUGGAGGUGGAUCUUAUGAUGAAGGAGGAAAUGGGCAUAAGGAGGGUUAUUGAGUCGAAAUAUCAAAUGGAUUUAAAUGGGAUUCUAAAGUAACGUUUAAAGGCCAAUAUAAAAAUGAAAAAAAAGUUGGUGUAUGGAUGGAAUUUGACAUAUUGGAAAAUAAGAGGCUUAAAUCAAUGA